AUGAAGCUCUUUGCAAUAACAAUGGUAUUUACACUUCUUCUUGCAUCUGGUCUUGCUCAAGCUAGGACCGAUCCUUUUCAAACCGACUCUAAUCAAAUCCAUAGACCACCGCCCUUCCCAACCGAACCAUUUCCUCCUCCAGAACCAAACCAGGAUGCAAAGAUAUCAGUGGAGCAGUUCCCAAUCCCAAUUCCAAAAAUUUGUCCUCCGGGUUUCCCUGGAUGCCCACCAGCAAGGUCUUAA